AAACAGCCACAAGUUGCCCAUGGAAGAGGUCUUUUGCAGGGAAUUCAAGUGCUGUUUUCUAAAUAGAUAUAUUUAGUCAGGUCAAGAUUGCAUUGCAUCGAUUGCCAUUCGCAGAGAUAUCGAAACGAACGGGAAGCCUUAGCACAACACUCGGAUGACAGACUCAAAAGUUUGUCACGAAUAUUUCAAAUAUAUUUUUUAUAUUUCUUAAAACAAGAAGUAUUUGUAGACACAAGUGAGUUGCCGCUAUAUGGAAAAGUUAACAAUUGGCGAUAAGAUCAAUAUAAGGCGAUCCGACGGAUGCAUUCAAACUGCAAUAGUCGGCCUGAAGAGUAUCGACCGGCAGAUUGUGACCGUUGAAUGGACUGAGGGCAGCAAGUGCAAAGGCAAGGAGAUACCCUGGAGCGUAGUGGUGGAGCUUAAUGCUUAUUUGGUGAAAGAAGAGCCGCAACCGAUGGAGACCAAACCGGAGUUGCCCAAGAGCGAGGCGAAGCCGAACUACAGCAUGUACAGCAAGAAGGUGAACAGUCCCUACAAGAAGAGCCAGUGUGUCGGGAAUAGACGGGAAGUGGUUGCCGCCAAGCAGGAGCCGGUUAAGCAAACGGUUAAGCCACCGGCUCCAGUUAAUUUCGGCUACAAUUCCAGCAGGAACUUGAAUCCAGACAAAAAAAUGCUGAACACACCGCGAGCCACUUCGAAUGUUGUCCGCGAGGUGGAGCGCCUUAAGGAGCAGCGGGAGCAGCGACGCGCCGUGCACGAUGAGCAGCGAAAGGAGAAGUACGAGCUGAUGCUCAAGGAUCCCGGCAAUCCCAACUGGGAGGUCGCACUCAUGGUGCGCACCUAUCGUGACCAGUUAGUACUCAAUCCGCUGCGCCAGCUGAGUUCGCGUGCUGCUCGCGUCCAACAGAUCACCGUCUGUGUGCGCAAGCGUCCGAUGAGUCAGCAGGAGGUGAAUGCCAAGUCUGUGGACAACAUCUCGGUGCCCAGUCGUGAUACGCUGAUUGUGCACGAGUUGCGCCAUCGGGUGGAUUUGACCAAGGUCCUGGAGCAUCACAAGUUUCGCUUCGACUGCACAUUCGAUGAGAAGUGCAGCAAUGCUUUGGUCUAUGACCACACGGCUCGUCCCCUCAUCCGCACCAUGUUCGAGGGUGGCAAUGCGACGUGCUUUGCUUACGGGCAGACGGGCAGCGGAAAGACGCACACCAUGGGUGGCAAGUUUGCGGGCAAGAAACAGGACUGCAGCACAGGCAUCUACGCAAUGGCCGCUCGAGAUGUGUUCGCCGAGCUGGCCACGCCCAAAUAUCAUCAGCUGGGCGCCAAUGUCAUCUGUAGCUACUUUGAGAUCUAUGGCAAUAAGGUCUGUGACUUGCUGGUGAAGAGCAAACCGGUGCUGAGUGUUCUGGAGGAUGGUAGCCAGCAGGUGGUCAUUUGUGGCUUGACCAAGGUGCCAGUUGCCAGCGAGACGGAUGUGUUGGGCCUUAUCGAGCUGGGGAAUCGAGCGCGUACCUCGGGCAAGACGUCCGUGAACAUGAAGUCGUCCCGCUCGCAUGCCGUCUUCCAGAUGGGUCUGAUUAUGCCCGACCAGUGUGAGCCGUGCGGCAAGUGCUCCUUUGUCGAUCUGGCUGGCAAUGAGCGUGGCUCCGAUACACAAUCGUCUAGUUUGCAGACGCGUCGCGAGGGUGCCGAAAUUAACAAGUCGCUGCUUUCGCUGAAGGAAUGCAUUCGCGCUUUGAGGCGUCGUUCGAGCCAUUUGCCGUUCCGCGGCUCCAAGUUGACGCAGGUGCUGCGCGAUUCGUUUAUCGGUGGCGAUCAGAACAAGUUGUGCAUGAUAGCCAUGAUCACGCCGGGCAUGAGUUCCGUGGAGAACACACUGAACACACUCCGUUAUGCGGAUCGUGUCAAGGAAUUGCUGACGAAAGAGGAAAAUUCUCCGGAUACUGAGUGCAAUAAAGAGACCUCAAUAAAUAACGAUGAGUUCGAGCCAAGCGAGGAGUCCAGCUGCUAUUUCGAUACAGAGUCGGAUGAGCCCGGUGGUGACCAUAACUCGAAUUCAAGACAAAUCUCGAAUGACAUUAAGUGUGACAGCAAUUUGGUGAUAAACGAUGCUGACAACGAUUCGGAUUCCGAUUCCGAUUCCGAUCACAAUCUCGAUGUCGAUGUCGAUGCCGAAACAGCCAAAAUUGUCAAGCAACACGAAAUACUCUUUAAAUGUCUCGAUUGUUUCAAGGAUAACUUUGGGGACGUUCUGAAGGGCAGUUCUACUGCGCAUACGAAUAAUCGGCGUCUAUCCCAGUUGCUGUUAAAUGUGGAGCCAAAACUAUUUCAAUUGCAGGCCCUUGUCAAACAGACACACACCAUGGUCACAAUCUACAAUCUGAAGCGAUGUGCUGGGAGUACGCAGAAUGAGGGGUAAAAUAUCUCAAAUGACUUGCAGUAUUAAUUGGGUGGACACCGACUACAUUGACCAACAGUUAUUUAUUUUCAAUAUAGUUCACAUCAGUAUUGUAUUAUUAUUUUAUUGGAUAACAAUGUCAGGUUAAUAAAACGCUGUUAAUAAAAAUUGCACGUAUGUAGCACAA